GGAAGAGUCCAUUUGCCAGACAUAUCUUAUUGUGGAGACAUUUCUUCCCUGUUUAUGAGGAACAGCUUCCUGAAGACUGGAACCCCCACACUCAAGAAGGAGUAUUUUUUACUUUAGGUUAGGAACGGAGGUUUGAAUAAUUUCACGUCUGCCUCCUUCACAUGGUUCCAUCACUCUAAUCAGACACAGAGAUCUGGCACAGAGAUCCGCCCCCUUGUUUGUUAGGAAAGGGAGGCGAUACAUGCUGCUGUUUGUGGCUCAUCGAUUCAGGAGCUGAAAAGGCGGCAGGCGGUCCCCAGGUCCUCCCUCCACUCGUCGAGUCCCAGGGCCUGUCCUGCGCGAGUCCCCCGAGGGCCCCGUGCUCCCAGUGCUAAGGCUGACUCACCCGCCCUGGAAGAACAGGCCCCGCUGCUCCAGUUGCCAGCACUCAGCCCUCUCUACCCGCGACCUGCGCGUCCCCGGCCAGGAUGGACGAGGCCCAGGACCCCACGCUGCCCGCCGCCGCCCUCACCUCCGUGCCUGCCGCCUGCGUGUCCAAGGUGGAGCUGCGGGUGUCCUGCAAGGCGCUGUUGGACCGAGACACGCUGAACAAGUCAGACCCCUGCGUGAUCCUCAUGGUACAGUCCCAGGGCCAGUGGACAGAGCUGGACAGAACAGAGGUCAUCAAGAGUAAUCUUCACCCGGUGUUCGCCAAGGUCUUCACCCUGGAUUACUACUUCGAGGAGGUGCAGAAACUACGCUUCGAGGUCUACGACAUCCACGGGACACACAGCAUUGGCACCCGGGACGAUGACUUCCUGGGUGGUAUGGAGUGCACCCUUGGCCAGAUUGUAGCCCAGAAGAAGAUGGUGAAGCCCCUGUUCCUGAAGUAUGGGAAAUACGCGGGGAAGUCCACUAUAACGGUGCACGCUGAGGAGAUCUCAGGGAACAAUGGAUACGUUGAACUUUCCUUUUGUGCCAAGAAACUGGAUGAUAAGGACCUCUUCAGUAAAUCGGAUCCGUUCCUGGAGAUUUACCGCAUCAACGAUGACGACACUGAGCAGCUGGUGCACAGGACGGAGGUGAUCAAGAACAACCUGAACCCCGUGUGGGAGUCCUUCAAGGUCUCUCUGAGCUCCCUGUGCAGCUGUGACGAGGACAGGAAGCUAAAGUGUCUGGUGUGGGACUACGACUCCAGGGGGAAGCACGACUUCAUCGGGGAGUUCUACACCACGUUUAGAGAAAUGCAGAAGGCAACGGUAGGAAACAAGGUCACGUGGGACUGCGUGAAUCCAAAAUAUAAGUCGAAGAAGAGGCAUUACAAGAACUCCGGCCUGGUCAUCCUGAGCGAACUCAAGCUUCACAGAGUCUACUCCUUCUUGGACUACAUCAUGGGCGGUUGCCAAAUACACUUCACCGUGGCCAUUGAUUUCACUGCCUCCAACGGAGACCCCAGAAACAGCUGCUCCCUGCACUACAUCAAUCCCUACCAACCCAACGAAUACCUGAAGGCCUUGAUAGCAGUAGGAGAAAUCUGUCAGGAUUAUGACAGCGAUAAAAGGUUUUCGGCCCUAGGAUUUGGAGCGAGAAUCCCACCAAAUUAUGAGGUCUCUCACGAUUUUGCCAUCAAUUUCAACCCCGAUGAUGAUGAAUGUGAAGAGAUCCAAGGUGUCGUGGAGGCGUACCAGAACUGCCUGCCCAAGAUCCAACUGUAUGGCCCCACUAACGUGGCUCCCAUCAUCAGCCGACUGGCAAAGCUGGCUGCCAGGGAGGAGAUCACCGUAGAAGCCUCGAGGUAUCACAUCCUCCUGAUCCUGACCGAUGGGGUCAUCACAGACAUGGCGGACACACGCGAGGCUAUCGUGCGUGCCUCCUACCAGCCCCUGUCCAUCAUCAUCGUGGGCGUGGGCAACGCCGACUUCACGGACAUGCAGAUCCUGGACGGGGACGAUGGGGUCUUGCGUUCUCCGAAGGGGGAGCCUGUGCUGAGGGACAUUGUACAAUUUGUCCCCUUCAGAGACUUCAAAACGGCCUCUCCAGCUGCCCUGGCCAAGUGUGUCCUGGCCGAGGUACCCAAGCAGGUGGUGGAGUAUUACAGCCACAAAGGCAUUCCUCCCAAAUGCCCCAUCGCCGACUCGUCGUUCUCCAUUGCUGGCACGCCUGAAUAAUGGAUCGGGAGUCCGACUGGCUGCUCAACCCCCUUGGCGGUCUACGGAGGGAAGGGACACUGUCAAGGCAACCGAGUUAUGAAUAUGUUUCUUUUUCUCACCUCUGGACUGUCCUCUGCUUCUGCAUGUAGGAGUCCCUCACAGGCUUUCUCAGUAGGGAAACGGGGGCUCUUGUUUCCAGACCGCUGCCUUUCAGCCCCCCCCCCCCCCCCACAUUCCAACUCUCCCAGCAGACUGUCUGUAACCCGUCUGCAAUGGCUCGCCUUUCCUCCGGUCUCGUUUCGCUCUCCCGUUUUUGUGCGUGGUUCUCCACCCGCUUCCUGACAUCUUAACAUUUUGACAGACUGCGAGACACGACACCGGGAGGAGAUCCCAGAUCUAGUGGAAGAUCAGCCCAUGAAGACGUGUGACAGCAGCUCUCCUGGCGCUUCACAAAGGAAGCUUAUUAUUCUAUGAAAAUGAAUGUACAGUAUUUAUGGGAGAUUAAUUUGCACCGACUGCAUAUCCAUCGAUAGCCACUAUUCAAAAUCAGUUUAAUUUCAGUCUGAGCAACUGCUAUAAAACAUUUCAUUAGGAGCCUUUU